AUGUGGGCGUUCUGUGUUGGUGUUUUGGUUUUUAUAAGCAUCUCACAUUGGGUAUACAGCUGGAGGAAUCCCAGAUGCAAUGGAAAACUCCCACCAGGUUCAAUGGGAUUCCCUCUUCUUGGCGAGUCCCUUCAGUUUUUUGCUCCUAACACUUCCUCCGAUAUUUCUCCCUUCAUCAAAGAGAGAAUGAAAAGAUAUGGGCCAAUAUUUAGAACAAAUUUAGUGGGACGGCCAGUUGUGAUAUCGACUGACCCGGAUCUUAAUCAUUUUAUCUUCCAACAAGAAGGGAAGUUGUUUCAGAGCUGGUAUCCAGAUACCUUCACAGAAAUCUUUGGACGACAAAAUGUUGGUUCCUUACAUGGGUUCAUGUACAAGUACCUAAAGAACAUGGUACUGAAUCUCUUUGGUGUUGAAGCCUUGAAAAAGCUACUUCCUGAAGUUGAGCAAGUGGCAUGUAGAAAUUUACAUCAAUGGUCAUGUGAAGACACUGUUGAAUUAAAGGAGGCGACUGCCAGUAUGAUAUUUGAUCUGACUGCAAAGAAACUGAUCAGUUAUGAUCCAGAAAACUCCUCAGAGAAUCUAAGGGAGAACUUUGUUGCUUUCAUACGGGGAUUAAUCUCCUUCCCCCUGGACAUUCCUGGAACAGCUUACCACAAAUGUCUACAGGGAAGAAAGAAGGCAAUGCGGAUGCUGAAGAACAUACUAGAAGAGAGAUGCACAAUGCCCAGGAAGCGCCAGCUAGAUUUUUUCGAUUAUGUACUUGAAGAACUUGAGAAAGAGGGAACAAUUCUCACAGAAGCAAUUGCUCUGGAUUUAAUGUUUGUGCUUCUGUUUGCUAGCUUUGAGACAACCUCCCUAGCUCUAACUCUGGCUAUCAAGUUCCUUUCAGACCAUCCUUUAGUGCUGAAGGAAUUAAUGGAAGAGCAUGAAGCAAUUAUAAGAAAGCGGCAAAAUGUGGAUUCAGGACUCACAUGGAAAGAGUACAAAUCAAUGACAUUUACAUUUCAGUUCAUCAAUGAGACAGUAAGGCUGGCAAAUAUAGUUCCAGGAAUUUUCAGAAAAGCACUGAGAGAAAUCCAGUUUAAGGGAUAUACCAUUCCAGCAGGUUGGGCAGUCAUGGUGUGUCCUCCAGCUGUACACUUGAAUCCAGUAAAAUAUGAAGAACCCCUUGUUUUUAAUCCAUGGAGAUGGGAGGGAGUGGAAUUAAAUGGCGCGUCCAAACAUUUCAUGGCUUUUGGUGGUGGUAUGAGAUUUUGCGUUGGAACGGAAUUUACCAAGAUGCAGAUGGCUGUCUUUCUCCAUUGCCUGGUCACUAAGUACAGGUGGUUAACAAUCAAAGGGGGAGAUAUUAUCAGAACUCCUGGUCUACAAUUUCCAAAUGGUUUUCAUAUACAGAUCAUGGAUAAAAACAUAGGAAAACAGGAAACAAUUAACUCUAUAUAA